UUAGCUACUCCAUUGUGAUUGUUUCAAAUACUAUAAAGACUAAUAUUUAAUGCAUUUAUGCAGAGUGUUGUUGUUGGAAAACCGAAAUAAUGUAAUGAAAUAAACAUCAACAAUGUUUAUUUUUCGUUUUUGAAGUAAAAAAAGAAAUUGAAUUACUUCCACAUACCAAUUACCUUGAGGCUACUUAACCUCAAUUUGUGUGGAAGCGCAGCUCCAACAACGUAGCCCAAAUACAUAUUAAACAAUGCACAUUUGGUGGUAUUAAUGUUAUAGAAUAUGGGCAGUCAAACUAAACAAAUCGCAUGCAGCUUAGUAAGUAAGGAGCGAGCGGGAUUAACACAGGCCGAAGUAUCAGAUAAUGCCGCUAGAGAGUUACAAGAGAUACGCAAAUUACUGUGGGGUCCAAAUAUACGUGUGGAUGUGUUUCGACGUUGGUCCCAAGGCUUCGAAUUUAGUGAUACAGAACCAUCAGCUUUGGUGCAGAAAGAGGGUGGACCAUGUGCUGUGAUAGCGCCCGUACAGGCAAACCUGUUAAAAAUACUUAUUAUGGAUACGCCCGGUCACUUUCUUAAAGACCUUACGGAAGAUAAGUGUCGACACCUGUUAAUACAAGCGUUAUGCGCCAUACUGAGUAAGUGCUGUGCCAAACGCUUUCGUAUUGUUUCGCUGCCGAUGGAAACAUGCGCGGAAGCCAAAGAAGUUGUGAACGCCGUAAGUGACAUUCCAGAUGUAAAGCUUAGUACUGAAACUUUGGAAGAGGCUACGACUGAAACGGUCGAAGCUGGUGCGACAACGGCAACCAGUGUGCGUGUAGCUGAUACACGUGAAGUCUCUUCGGAUGCAUAUCAUGAGGGUUUGCAGGUUCUCAAUUUUGACACAAUUGAAGAUGUGGAGAAAUAUUAUACGGAACACUGGCAAGUACUUUCAGGCCAAUAUGGCGUAAUGCUCUUCCUGUAUUCAGUGCUGCUCACAAAGAACAUUGAUAAUGUUAUUUCGGAAUUGUCCGAUACAUCUGAGCCGCUGAUACACAAUACCUAUGGUUAUGGUUCACAAGCGCUUAUCAAUCUAAUGUUAACUGGACGCGCUGUAGCACAUGUAUGGGAUAAUGAUCAGGAUGUUGGCGGUUUGAAAUUGCGCGGCAUCAACGAGCAGAGCGAUAUUGGUUUUAUUACAUUAAUGGAGCAAAUGCGUUAUUGCACCGUGGGUUCAUUCUUUAAGAAUCCGAAAAACCCGGUUUGGGUAAUGGGUUCGGAGACGCAUUUAACUGUGCUCUUUAGUACUGAAAAGAGGCUGGUGUCACCCGAAACACCUUCUGAGCUGGCAAGGCGCGUUUUCAAAUCUUACGAUCCUGAAGGUAACAAUUUUAUACCCGCAGAUGUGCUGCAAGAUGUUUUAGCCGCUUUAGAUUUGGUCAACGAACCGGAGUACGUCGAAAUCAUGCAAAAACGUCUAGAUCCCGAAGGUUUACAUAUUAUUCUCUUAAAUGCAUUUAUGGAUGAGUUCUUCCCACAGGAACAGCGUUCGACACCAGAUACAUUUGAUUUAAUGCACUACAAUGGUAUACCCGGUUCGAAUGAUGGCAACAAAGUACAAUACUGUAAAGGUUCUGCCAUAUUACUUGAAAGCGAUCUGAAAUCAGUAUGCAUCUCUAAUCCAAUGCUAACAUGUUUGCAAACUAAGUGGCCAAAUAUUGAAAUUAAUUGGCAUGACAUGCGGAUACCAUCGUUGAAUUGACGACACAUUGACACAAGCCAAUACCAUAUGCAAUAAUGCAUAAUGCACACAAAUCGAAUCGCUAAUUUAUAGCAAUUUUGUUUAUUUUCGUCGCAUACAUAAUAACUUCAAAGUUAAAAAAAAAGCGGACAGCUGUUAUAACAAUAAAAAUAUGAAAUAUAGAUAUGUUUUUGCGUAGCACAGAAUAUAAAAAAAAGAGUUAUAAUUUCAAUUAAAACUUACUAAAUCUAAUUUUUUAAUGUUUAUUGUAUUAUUAUUCUAAUUUUUUUUCAUAUUCAACACUUGUUUGUCCUUAAUACCUAAUAACUACUACUAAAAAAGAAAAAAGAAAUAAGAAAUAGUUGCAAGAAAAAAACAUGAAAAAUAUAUAAUUGUUCCAAAAAAAUAUAUAAUUGCAAUAGAUUAGCAACAAUUUACGAACGUAUUUAGAGUUCUCACAUGAAAAAAACUUAAUAAAAGAAAACACAGCAAAUAUAGCUAUUCAUAAACAAACCAUACAAAAAUAAUAAGAAAACAAAAACAUGUUAAUGAAAAUGAAAUUAAUAGUUAAUGUAAUUAACACAAGUUUUAUUAAAUUAACUUCUAAACCACUAACUGUAGUUUAUUAAAGUAACUUAAAUGGCAAAAAAAAAAAAACAAAA